CCGAUCUGAAGACGUGAUGGCAAGUCAUGGGAUAUCGCGUGGCUCAGGUCCUGUAGUCCGCUCGGAGGAAGCGCGGCAGAAAGAGCUGCAGCAAAUCGAGGCGUACAAGGAUCUGUCCGAUCUUGUGAACACGAAGGUGAUAGAGAAGCAACACACAACUGAAGUUCUGGGACACAUCACGAAGCUCCUAAAUGAGAAUCCCGAGUACUACACAGUCUGGAACCACCGAAGGCGGGUAUUGAUCACGUUGGUCACUGAGGAAACACAGUCACCAGAUGACUUGCUGCAGGGAGACUUGCAACUGACCUUUGUGCUGUUGCGUAAGUUUCCCAAAUGCUACUGGAUCUGGAAUCACAGGGACUGGCUGUUACAGAAGACGGAAUCAUUGCUGGGGGCAGAUGCAGCAUACAAGCUCUGGACCGGAGAGUUACAAUUGGUGAACAAGAUGCUACAUGCUGACAGCCGCAACUUCCACGCCUGGGGCUAUCGACGCAUUGUUGUCUCGAAGAUUGAGCGGUUGGUGCCCUCCACGAAUGAGUGUGCAGACACAAGCUCAAGCCUUGCGCAAUCUGAGUUUGACUACACCACCAAGAUGAUCAAAUCCAAUCUGUCCAAUUUCUCUGCCUGGCACAAUCGCGGCCAGCUCAUCCCUCGAAUCCUCCGCGAGCGCAAUGCAGACGCAAAGGCACGCCGCACUUUCUUAGCAUCAGAGCUGGAGCUCAUUUGCGAAGCGAUCAACACCGACCCUUUUGAUCAAUCUAUAUGGUUUUACCACCAGUAUCUGAUGACAGCUAUUUCUCCUCUCUGUCCUCCAGACAGACUCAUUGUCCAAGAUUUGACCAACGGCGAGCGGCAGAAGUAUUACGAGAAUGAGAUGGAGUACAUCACAGAGAUUCUGGAGGACGAAACAGACUGCAAAUGGAUAUACGAGGGUCUGCUCGGGCUUGCGGAAGCGUAUCUGGAGGUCGAUGCGGGGACUGGAGGAGUUACGACGAAGGACAUGAGGAGAUGGCUGGCGGAGUUGAGGCGCUUGGAUAGCUUGCGGCGGGGUCGCUGGGAGGAUCUGGAGAGAAGGCUGCGCCUGUGAACGCACAUGACCGCGCAUCGCUUAUCAAGGCUUCUUGGUGUGCUCCGGUGCUUCAUGUGCGACAGCUGGAGCAGCGGGCACUGAAUCCUGUUGUGGGCUCUUCUUCCAAGCCCAGAAACCCAAAGCAUCGGACCAUGAGCUGGCAGCUGGUUUUGUCUCUUCCUUGACUGGGGAUUGCACCGGAGCGGACGGUGGCGUGACGGUCGUCGCAGCGGACGCGAUUGCUGUUGGACUCUUACUGCUUGCAGCUGCAGCAGCAGCUACUUCUCUGCAUAUGUUGAUUAGACGAAGUCGGACAACAUAUAUUACACAAGUAGCUUACCGGUUGUACUCCUCUGUGAGCCU